AAUUACAGAGAAAAAUGUAUCAGUCUGAGCUACGCCUUCAAUGCAUGUCCCUCGUCCUUUUGGUUGUACUUGUCCCUCAUCUUCUAUCUGAUGCUCGGCCUCUGAAUCCAAGCAUGGAGGUGGAGGGGAAGAAAAAGCAAUCCUUAUCCAGUUCAACUUUUGAGGAACCGGUCAAAGAGCAAGAUGUAGCCAAUAAAGGAGAGAUUCCAGCUAUGUAUUCCCCUCCUUCCCACAUCGGAGAUGAGAUGAGUACUGCUGGACAGAGGGAUCAUGGUGGUAAAUAUGUCUCACUUGAUCAGAAAGGUCCAGUCCGACCUUCUGAGGCCAAUCCUAUCACACAUGGGCCAUGAAUGCUAUUUGCAACCCUUGAUGAGCUGAGUUGGUGUUCAAAAAAACUUGUUGCUGUAAUUAAUGUUGCUUAACGGGCUACUCGG